AUGGGCGGCAUAUGCUGCAAGCCUCAGGUUAUCGACUUUGACGGACCCGUAGAUCUCUGGCAUUUCAGUCUACUUAGAGCUGUAGGAAAGGGUGCAUUCGGGAAGGUCCGUGUCGUACAACACAAGCAAACUAAGAAAUUGUACGCAUUGAAGUACAUAAAUAAGGAUAAAUGCGUUAAAAUGCGCGCUGUCGAUAAUAUUAUACAGGAAAGAAGACUAUUGGAGGAGAUUGAUUGUCCCUACGUCGUUAAUCUUCGUUAUGCGUUCCAGGACGACGAGAACCUGUUUAUGGUUAUAGAUCUUAUGCUCGGUGGUGACCUCAGAUUCCACCUCGAGCGCAACGGCGCAUUCGACGAGCAAACAGUCAAGAUAUACGUCGCUGAGAUCGCUCUAGCUUUGGAUUACCUCCAUAAGAGAAGGAUAGUCCAUAGGGAUGUCAAACCAGACAACAUAUUGCUAGACGAACAGGGACAUGCUCACCUUACCGAUUUCAACAUCGCUUGUUUCUUGGGAAAGCGUGCAUUGACUGGUGUAGCUGGUAGUAUGGCAUAUAUGGCCCCAGAAGUACUCGAGAAGAGAGGGUAUUUCACAACAGUUGAUUGGUGGUCGCUUGGUAUAGUUGCUUUCGAGCUACUGUUCAACAAGCGGCCAUUCAGGGCGAGAACAAAUUCGUCGCUUACGAACGCAAUAACGAAACAAGAGCUCAUCUUCCCAGAUAAUGCUUAUGAUCUGGUUUCCAAAGAUGGCAUCAGCGCUAUUAAUGGUCUCCUCACCCGUGAUCCAGACUUGAGACUAGGGUGUAGUGAGUAUGGUGGAUUCGAAGAGCUGAUGAAGCAUCCAUGGUUCAGUAACCUCGAUUGGGAUGCAUUGAGCAAGAAGCAACUACCACCAACCUUUGUACCGGAUUCUAAGAAAGCAAAUUUUGACGCAACGCAUGAAUUAGAAGAAUUACUAUUAGAGGAUAACCCAUUAAAAGCUAAAAAGCGUGAUCCUAAAAGGGACAUAAGUACCUUAGAACCCGUCUUCGUUAAGAUGGAGGAAAAAUUUGGAGUCUACGAUUACACGAGAAUGAGAAGAAAGAGCUAUUUUAGAGCUAAUGGUGAUACUAAUAUGACGAUAAGCACACAGCAACAACCACUCGUACCACUUGAAGAGCAACCGAAUCAAUCUGCUAGCGUUACAAAUUUGAGCUAA